GGGGGGGGGGGCUGUUCUGCGGGGCGGCCGGCAGCAGAGGGAGCUCAAAGCGAGCUGCUCUUGGGGGGCUGCUCCCGGGGCUGCCGGAGCUCGGCGUUAACCGGUGGCAGGAGCCUUUCCCGACGCCUCUCACCCAAGAGAAAGAAAAUCUUUAAGUGGAAUGCCAAGACUAGGGAGCUUUUCUGGGCAGCAGACUAAAUGAAAAGUUUCCCUUUCAAACAUGUCAUAUAUGUAAAUAUAUGUACAGAGAGGGGUAGCGAGUAAUGAGCUAUCUUUGGUGUAUUCAGAUAAUUCCGCAGUCGAGGAACAGCUAAAGAUGGGUAGAAACUAAGCUGGAUGAUAGAAGAAACAUUCAAUUAAUUUGCUCUUAGUUCUGGGGAAAAAAAAAAAGAAAAAAAGCUUACAUGUGCAGGUUAUUUAGUACAGGCUUGAUCCUGUGGCCCAUGCGAGUAUCGUGGGAGUUGCUCUCACCAGGUGCGUGUGCCUGUGCAGCACCUCCUGGGGAGGGGGCCGCACGGGAGAAGAGGGUAGAAACAGAGAAGUCUGGUUUUGCCCGUCCUGGGGUCUGAAGGCACCAAGGUGUGAAGGCGGUUUGGGUAUUAAAGUGGACUUUUUUCGCAGAACAACCCGUAACAAGCAAAGGACAGGCUGGAGGCGGGAGGCUCCCGCGUUGGCGCUCGGACUGAAAGCCAGGGCUGCAAAUGAGCCAGCUUGCUAGAGGCUGGAGAUGAACUGAAAAAGGAAAAACGGGUCUUCCCGUGUUUCACCAAAUACGUACACACUGCAUUGCCAGUGAUAACACCGGUAACUGUUCCCUUCUGUGUUGCUAAUCUUACCGCACUGGUGAUGCUGUAGAAGAUUUGCCAGCUCUCAUGCGUCAUCGUGAGUUGCCUGGUGGCUGAUAUAUUUUCUUAAAACCCUAGCUUCUGGACUCGGAUGGCUCAAAUAAAAACGCCACCUUUUUUUAUUAAUAAAAUCAAAUUUCUAGCUCUCCGCUGGUGGAAAAAAGCGUAGGAACAAGAUCCAAGGUUAAUAAAGCUAAAAAUAAAAAAGAAGCAUUGAAAAUAUUCCGUUUUUUUAAUUCAAGACUUGUAAAUAAUUUUCAUUGUAUUUUGCUGGUUAACUCAUUAUACUGACAUUUAAAAACCCCUCCGAAUCCAGGUCUGAUCCCUUAACAAUUAUUCAUCAGUGUAAAAGGGCGGAACUCUCAACAAAAUGCAGAAAAGAUUGAAAUGUUCAGUAAAUAAUCCAGCUACAUACUAGGCAGAGCACAGGAUGGAGUAUGCAUAUCUCAGAGGGGUGAUGACAUACUUUGCAUUCCAAAAAUAACAGAGAGGGUGGUAAACAGAAUCUCUUAACUUGACAGAUUUUAAUAUCGGUAGGUAUGGCUCAUUUAUAUCUGAUACUCUUAAGAGAGACGGCCAAGAAAAAUAAUUUUAGUAAGUCUUGGGAUAGCAGAAAUACGGAGAUAAUUGGGGGAAAAAAAAAUAUCAGUUCUCUGCCAAUUUUAGAAGCAGGUAGAUCAGACGACCUGAUGAUGAUAGAUCUGUCAGUUUGGCUUUGCUCCCAGAUGGAAUGAGAGCAGAGUAGAUAGAGGUUUCGACUAAUAAAGUAUUAAAGAAGCCUAGUGAUGAUGAUGAUGAUGAUAAUAAUAAUAAUAAAUACCAAUCAACAUGUGAUUAGGAAAAGUGAUUCCUGUCGAACUAAUUUAUAUUUCUAAAAGAAGAUCACAGGUUUUACUGAUAAAAUAAAAGUAUUUUGUUGCUUCUGUAAGUGACUGUCUGGCUAGAAAAUCACUUUGAUUAAAAAGGUAGAAGAAUGUGAACCCAAUCUGGUUCGCAUUGGGAAAAGUCCAGCACACUUAUCUUAAAAUAACUAAAAGGGGAACCAUCCUUGAGCAAUUCCUUUCAAGAAGGGUUCUGCAGGCAUUGGGUGCUGCCUUAAACCGCUUGAUGUGUUGUUUUGUUUUCAACCAUGUUUAAGCCAUGCCCCUGGUAAGAUCCCGAGGGACGAAGUUCGCAGCUGACGCGGCGGUUGGAAAAGUGGUCGGACAGGAGGAGAACGGCUGGCUAGCACCGAGCAAACUGUGGCACCUGGGCACGGGAAAGCAGUCAGACUCUUGCUGUGAAAACCUCAGGUCUCUGCACCUCCUCUGGAGCCCACCUCAUUUCUUCCUUUCCCCCUUUAAGAACAAAGAAACGAGAAGGAACUGGUCUUGGAAGAGUUUUGAGGUGCCACCACUGCCUUCCAGCUGCAGUGACGUUCUGUUGGGCUCCGGGGGAGUGAAUGUCCAUCGGGCAUCAUCUUCAUCUCUUCAGCCCAAGCCACCCCCAAGCCGUUCUUCCUGGGGGCAGCCCCGUGCCCCAUGACUGGAGGAACAGCAAGAGCUGCCCCGGAGUCACUCUCUUCAUUCCUGUUUAUCCACCGGUUUGCAUUCUUCCUCUGCUGGCUGUGCGUUUAAUCUGUGAAUAAUCGUUUUUUUAUGACUGUUAUUCAGCACCUAUGUACUUUUGCUGGAAGGAGGGUGGAGGAGAGCAGGGUGGGGAGGUUUUCAGUUAACGAAACUGUUAUUAUUUGCUGACAAGAUCAGUGAGUAUCUCAGGAAGAGGGAAUUUGAUCUCCUUCCAAGUAACUAAACAGGAAUUUGCACUGCAGAAUAAGUGUGAAUAUGUGUAUUCCAGGGAAAAAAAAAAAAAAAAAAAAAAAAAAAAAGAGCAUUUGCAGUUGCAUUUCCUAGGGAUUUCAACAUCUGUGAGAAAAAACAUCAGUGACCACACAGUGUCCACAUUCUCUGUGACGACUCGAUUAUUUUAGCUCCGGGCCAGCGGAGCAGUACAUGAACACACCCUCCUGCUAGACCUACUUCACGUGAACUCCACCACCUGGCAGCCCCUCUCCGGCGCUUCAGAUAUUCCUGAAGCUUCAUCCAGCCUGGGGAAGGUAAGUUCAUCGCGAAGCGGGUACGCAGGAGACACGUUCCAGCUGACUGGGCUUCUCACAGGCAGACGCUGGUGAGGCUCGUGCUGGUGGAGUCCUGGAGAGCGAGCGAGAGAGCUCCAGACGUCCUGGAUGUUUGGGGGGGGGGGUGUCCCUCAAGGAGGGUUGGAGUUGGGAGUCCUGUUCCUGCAAAGCUGCAGCCACAUAACAGCAUACAGACGAGUCCCACCGGGACCGCAGCUCCGCCGCCCCCUCCUACACGGCCGGGGGGGGGGGGGGGGGAUGUUUUGCCGUCUGGGCAAGAGCGUAAAUUGGAGUGCGGCAUCUCAAGCGUUGGCUGACCGGCCUCAACCGAGCAGGAGGUGCGGGUGGAAGCCCCAGGGGAUGGCGAGCAGCCCCCCCUGCUCUCACAGGCGAGGCACCCGAGCUGUCAGCUGCAGCCGCUGGCCAAAGGGACAGAAGGAAGGGCUCAGAAAGGCUGAGAAAAGAAAGGGCUGGAAAGGAGAGGAGACGUUUCACUCAUGUAAUUCCCCAGUUGCCCAAACCAGCCUCAAACGGGGGGUAGGGAACAAGUGGGAAGGGAAGCGCUGUUUACAUAAUCCUUUGGCAGUGAAAUGGGUCAGCGGUUCUUGCGGGAGAAGAGGAAUGCAGUUUUUAUGAAAUAAACAGCAUCGCUGUACUUGAUAAUGGCUGGACAGUCCUGCUUCCUUGGAGAGUAACACAGAAGUUUACUAUGGGCUUGUACUCCUCGUCUCUUGUCCCCACGGUCUCUCCUCUGAACACAGCUCUCUAAAAUGGACUACUCCUGCUGUUUUCUUUAAAAUAAUCUGUAAUUCCUUGGCCAUAACACAAAGGGAGGCACCCAUCUGUUUGUUUGGGUUUGUUUUUUUUUUUUUUUUUCUCUCUUCCACAAAUGUCCUUGUUUGUGUUAACUAGCAAAUCUAAUCAUCCAGCUCGGAGGAGAGUUACACAACUGCAAACCCCUGGAGAUUUCAGCGGAAUAGCAAAUCUUGCCUAAUACCCCCGUGUCCGCUCCUUGCUUCAGAUUUGCAGCUCCUUUGGUGAAGGACACAGCUGGGCUGUGAUUUUACAGAUAAACCAGAUUAAGCAGCAAAAAGGAAUGCAGAAUGGAAGCACUCUGUUAUUUCCACCUUGCAGGACUUACUGAAACGAGCCUGGCUUUACGAAACAUGAGAUAAAGCUCCCACGGGGAGCGUUAGUCCGAGUGAUUCAUAUAAACAAAGAAAUCGGUCUUGGUCGAGCUUCCUAGGCGAAUAAGUUGACUUUCAAGGGAGAUCAUCUCACCAGGAGGAGGCCUGAAGGAAAGGCGAGUUGCAGGUGAUAAGGAAUGAGUGUGAUGAUGACCUGGUUUCUGCUGCUACUUCUCCUGAUCAGCUUUGGCUCUCCUGCACCCAGGUUUUCGGAAAAAGAUAUCUGCCUCCUAGACAACAAUAAAUUAAGACAAAGGUUAAAACAUCUCCAAGACUUGCUUUACUUAUAUGAACUGCAGCUGAAGGACAUCCUGGAGAACACUUACCACAGAACAAAAAGUGGGCUGUUCUCAGGCAACAGGAGUGUGCAGCAUGAGACCCUCUUGCCCACAACCAGUGGAAAUUUGAUAGUCUAUGACCAAGACUGCUCCGCAGUGUAUAAUCGGAAGAAGACCCAACCCGGCUACUACCGGAUCAGGCCCCGGGCAGACCGUGAGCCCUUCCUGGCGUACUGUGACAUGUCUGACGGCGGCGGGUGGACCGUCAUUCAGCGGCGGAGUCACGGCAGGGAGAAUUUCAACAGGAAAUGGGAUGAUUACAAACUGGGAUUUGGAAAAUUCCAGGGCAAGAAUGAUGAAUACUGGCUGGGCAAUGACCACAUCUAUGACCUGCUCGCUAGAGGAGAGAGCUCACUAAAGAUUGACCUGAUGGACUGGCAUGGGGAAAGACGUUAUGCAAUCUAUGAAAACUUCCAGCUUGCAAAUGAGCAGGAAAAUUACAGGUUAUGGUUUGGCACCUAUUCUGGCAACGCUGGCGACGCUCUGUCUGGUGGGAGCAGUUUUGAAGAUCAGUGGUCAGCCUCUCACAGAGGGAUGCAGUUCACCACAUCUGAUAAGGAUCACGAUCGAUUCCUGGCAGGCAACUGUGCAUCAGAGAACAAGGGCGGCUGGUGGUUUAACAGGUGCCAUGCCGUUAACCUCAACGGACAAUACUACAGAACAGGAAGGUACAAUGGAUCCCACGACAGUGGCAUAGUUUGGUCUACAUGGCACGGGAUGUGGUACUCGCUAAAAUACUCGGCCAUGAAAAUCAGGGCUCCAUUCUUUGUUGACAGCGAAAGCGGAGACGGUGAGAACAGUUAGGGCAGCUGAAACCUGCUGCUUCGGAAAGAAAAAAGCACAGGCUGAAGAGAAUUGUGUAAGUUAACAGCCAGCCCCCUGCUGCUGCCAAUCGCCAAUCCUGCACUGCGAUAAUUGGAGUUGCACCUGUUUCUACUAGCUGAAGCUAAUGUGAUAAGUUGUUUGAGCGCAGCCAGCCAACAAUUUAAUGGAAAACAUAUGGAUGUCAGUCAUGGAAUAACCAGUUUUCUUCCUCUGCAAUUUUCAGGACUUCACUGGAGAGCGUUUAUGAAUCAUAAAGCUCUCUGGAGCUUGAAUGACCAAGCAUGUUCCUUUAGCCUCCCUGUACUCUUCAAGGGCUGAAUCUUCCUCAUCUUGAUUUUACGCGUCAGUGCUUCAGUUAAGAGAACACAGGAAUAGAAACAACAAGGC